GACCGCUGACCUGACUCAUUGUUAUGACUACCAGAGCUAGCUAGCUGGUCAAACUGUUUUAUCAGCUUUUAUUUACCACUCGGUUAACAAUCUUUAGCGGUCCUACUAAUGAAAGUUAUAUGUGUCAGAAAUGAGUUUUACACACAUACAUAUAUUUGUUUCUUCACAUUGGAUCAACGGUAGUUUCUGGGUUUGGAGGACAUAAACACGUCUUUCUGCUGCUGGUGGUGCUGCUGAUGUAGCAGAAUGCAAACAACCAAACCGGACCCUCUGAAGACGCUUUACAGAACCGGACGGUUCUGCGUCAGUCCUCAGAAUCUGGAUCCGUGAGAUCCAUGCGUCACCUGCAGAAUCUGCCCAUUGCACCCAGAAAGACACGCUGAGACGAGCAUCAUGUUCGCCAAGUUAAAGAAGAAGAUAGCAGAAGAGGCGGCCACGGCACCUCGGAGCGGCGUGAGGAUCCCCAGGACCAUCAGCAAGGAGUCCAUCACCUCCGUAGGCGCAGACUCAGGGGAUGACUUCGCGUCCGAUGGCAGCAGCUCUAGAGACGACCUGUCAGCCCAGCUGCUCAGAAGAAACCAUCAGAUUAGGAAGCUGGAGGCCAAGCUGUCAGACUACGCUGAGCAGCUACGAAUAAUGCAGAAGACCAAGGAGAAGCUUGAAAUUGCCUUAGAAAGGCAUCAGGAUUCCUCUAUAAAGAAGCUGCAGGAGCAGAGUGAGUCUCACCAGGCCAACAGAACCAAGAUGGCUGAGGGGAUGGCUGUAGCUCUGGAGAAGAAGGACCAGGAAUGGAUGGAGAAGUUGGCUGCUUUGGAAAGGGAGAAGUCUGCUCUGUCCGCUCAGCUGGAGGAGAUGAUGAAGCAAAGCUUAACACUUUUCCAGAAGAGGGAUGAUCUGGAUGAGCUGGACGGUUUUCAGCAGCAGGAACUGGCUAAAGUUAAGCACAUGUUGCUGAGGAAGGAGGAGCUGCUUGGCCAGCAGGAGCAGGAGCUCCAGCAGAAGGAGGUUGAGGUCGAGGGGGCUAAACAAGGUCUGUCUGAGGUUCGGGGUCAGGUCCAGGCUCUGCAGCGACAGCUUGAGAAGAGCUGCAGACUCAACUCUGAGCUCCAGAGUGAGAGAGAAGAACUCCUGCUGCUCCAAGAAGAAGAUGAGCAGAAGGUCAGUGAGCUGGAAGCACGAUGCCAAGAGCUGCAGUCGGUCAUCCAGCAGGUUUCUGAAGACUUCCAGAUGUCACAGAAUAUGGUGGCAACAUUGGAGAAGUCCCUCCGUGAUUUACAGGCUGAGCAUGAUGCACUGAAGGUGCAGCAACAAAAGGCUGCUGUGACGGAGGAGGACAAGGAGCGCUUGUUGGUGGAGUUUCAGAAGAAGGUGUCUUCUUUAGAGAGAAGACUGCAGGGGAACCUGAGUCAGGACGAGCAUCUCCAGGAGCUGCUGCAGGAGAAAUCCAGUCUGGAGAUGAGUCUAGAAAACACCAGAGCAGAGCUGUUAUCUGUUCGGACAAAUCAUGCUGACACGGUCAGCUCCCUGGAGGCACAGGUAUCCAGAAUGAGCUGCAGCAUUUCUGAUCUGCAGAAUCUUCUUCGCCAUAAAGAGGACUCCUCCAGGGCUUACAGGGAGAGAACAGACACACAGAUUGCUAACCUGGAGCAGCAGGUUCUGGAAAGCUCUGAGAAACUAAAGAGAACAGAACAGAUGAUCACAGAGGAGCAGCAGAGCAAGGAGAAACUGCGAGGCGAGUGGACCGCUGAAAAGGCUUUUCUGGACCAGCAGUUGUGUUUAUUAGAGCAGCAAAGUCAGGAAAAGCUCAGCAGGUUGGAAGGAAGAGUCAGCUGUUUGCAGACGGACAAAUGGAUGCUUCAGGACCGGCUGACUGAUCUGGAGAAGCAGGUCGCUGAGACAAACGCACUUCUACAGCAGAGAACAGAGGAGCUGGAGCGGAGCGCGGUGGAGCUGAACAGCCAGCUGAUGGUAAGCGCUGACAUCUCCAGAUCUCUGGAUGAAACUCGACGACAGAAGGAAGAUCUACAGGCCCAGGUUGGAGAGCUGAAUGAUGCUCUGAGGAACUCAAACCAGGAAGUGUUUACCAUCAGUAAGAAGCUAUCACUGAGGGAGGAGGACGUCGGAACGCUUCAGGAUGAGGUGCGGUGUCAGCAGGACCGUCUGCUGUCGCUGCAGGAGGAGACGCAGUGUGUGAGAGACCAGCUGCAGCAGAUGGAGGUGCACAAAGACUCUCAGCUGAGGAGUGUGAGGGAGGAGCUGCUGGUCCAGACCCAACAGGUGGACAGCUGCCAGGCGCGGAUCUCCUACCUGGAGGUGGAGGUGGAGACCUUGACCGAGCAGCUUCAGACCCCUGAGGUCUGUGAGGAGGAUCAGAAUGGCAGCGUGACUGUAGAUGACCUGGAUCAUAUUCAGAGGAUCAACAGAGAUCUGGAGCAGCAGCUCGGUGACAAGAACCGGACCAUCAAGCAGCUGCAGCAGAGACUAGCAGAGAUGAGGAGAACGCUCCAGAAAGAACUGAAACUAAAACCUGAGGUGGAAGCUGAAGGGAAGGAGAAGCCAGAGCCUGUUUGUCCAGAACCACCCUCAACACCUGCUCCAAGUCCCCCGACCUCCAGGACCACCGUGACCAACACUUCGGACCUCAACGACUCCAGAGAAAUCAACUUUGAGUAUCUCAAACACGUCGUCCUGAAGUUCAUGUCCUCCAGAGAUGCUGAGGCCUACCAGCUGAUACGAGCCGUUUCUGUGCUGCUCAGCUUCACACGCGAGGAAGAAGAGAUGCUGAAGCAGACUCUGGAGUACAAGAUGUCCUGGUUUGGUUCCAAACCUUCUCCAAAAGGCAUCAUCAGACCUUCCAUCUCAGGUGCUUCCACUCACUGGAGCUGAUGUGCAGCAGAGCGCUCUGGUGGCGAGGGAGGAGACGAAGCUCCAGCUCCUUUUUCUGUGACUGGGAUUUGAUCAGGACAGAAGCUCUACUGGUUUCCUCUGGCUCUGUCUGUGGGAGGAAUGGUGGAUCUGUUCAGAGAAGGAAACUUCAGAAUCACCUGAUUUAUUUAUUUUUUAAACAAGUUUUGCGUCCGACGCGGAGCUGUGGUCUGACCUGCUUGUUGAAAACAGAGUAGAGUGACUGAGCAUCAACAUGACUGGAUCCUGAGUUCUGACCCGGACCAGCGAGGGCUUCUUUAGGUGUUCGGGUCUGCAGAGGAGCUCGGGUCUGAGCGUCUUGACAGCAGCUGGGGCCAGCAGAUCCGAACCGUCGUUUUAAGCAACAACAAAUCCUGUCAGGUCUUUGUUUAUGAUCCAAAUGUUUUUAACUUCUAACCUGAAAAGGAACUGGGGAAAGGAUUUGCUGGAGAUGUUCAGUCAUUUAGGAACAAGGAACGCCUCUCUUACCAGAUGGAAACUGAUGAAUCAGAUCUUUGUGAGAGGGUUGGGUCUGUAACCGCUCUGUGUGACUCUUUAAGCGUGUCUAACGAUGGAGAGACACUCCCACCUCUACCUGCCUUUACUAAUGUAAAUAAAACUGCAUUCCUUAUGUACCUAUGUAUAAAUGUGUACAAAGUGAAUUACAUCUUUAUGAACCGGCGGUUGUAAAUGGUUUGAUCAGUUUGCAGUAUUUAUCUGAACCAGAGAUCCGCUGGUCCUCAGGCCUGACUGCUGUAUUUAACACGGUUUCUUUCCUGGUGGUUUAUAUUUUUCCUACUUUUAGUUCUGGGUGUGGGAAAACACGAUUGUAUCAUUAUUCAUCCAUCAGCACACUGAUGCAGUCGCCUGGAAGAUGGUCUCCAUGGAAACCACAGAACUGAUGGAAUCACCUUUUAACCUUCUUGAAUUGACUGUUUUUAAGAGUUUCAAUGAACAAUCAUGACUGCUUUUAUAUGAUGUCAUAAUUUCUGAAGUCAUGGUCACUUCCUUUCCCACAUAAAUCUGAAGUCAUUAAACUGUUUUCUGUCUCUAAA